UUAUGCAGCUAUCCCAAUGGGCAAUGACUGGCUUCUGAACUAUACUAUAAUUAUUAUAAUUUAUAACUCUACUUUUUUUUAACCCAUGGUGUUUGAACAACUAGAGCUUCCGGGGACUCACUUAUUUAUAAAACGAUCGGAACGAAUUUUUGUACCUAGUCGGGAGGCUCUGGCAGUUAUCUGUUAUUGCUUAUUAGUUAUUACAAUGGCAUUUAGUAAUGAGUUAAUGAGUAAUGAUUCGGGCAUGAUAAGAUAAACCUAUUUAUUUUAUCAUGGAAUCAGCCAUCGAUUUUAAAAUUCGUGAGUAGUGAUAGUGAUUAGUGAUUAGUGAGUAAUAGCCAGAAUUGCCAGUUACCUAUUGAUAGUUCGGUACUUUCGAGUUUCGACGAAGUUUUCGAAGUUAAAUGUUUUUCGUUUUUGUUACUUCACACCGGCGGCACUGUGGCAGAUUGUGCAAGUUCCCAACUUCGGCGGAAGUGAUGCGGUAGUCGUCAUCAUGGCCUCCAUUAAAAUUUAAAAUCCCUCAUCUGUAUGAAACCGAUUCAUUUGAGAUUUGAGGAUUUUGACACGUGUCCUACAGCAUGUCAUCGUCGUCGUCAUUGUACAGUGCCGAUCUAGAUUGGAACAUUUGGAGCAGUAGGAACACAGACAGCACCAGUUAUAAACUUAAAAUAAUUGAACAAGAAUUGUUAAGUCCUACAGAAUCAAGCUUACAACAUUUAGAAUCAGAUUUAAAUAUAGAACUGAGUCAGUCGUUGAGAACAUAUUUCAAACAAUUUGAUACUGAUAAACAAUUAUUUUUGUUUAAAAACAUUAAUACUGACUUUUGUGUGGAAAAAAUACAUAUAAUUGGAGAAAUACUAGAAGACUUCAAGAAAAAUAUUAUAGUUACCCUUCCCAGGGUUGGGCACUUUUCAAUUACAGUAAUUCAAUUACUUCAGGCCCGUUAUAAGUACGUAUCGAAAAAAUUGUAUCGUGAAUUUGUUGAUCGAACUGAACUAUCAAUUAAUGCCAAUCCUUCCAACUUUUGGAAGUUUAUAAAGAGACAAGCCCACAAUUCUGAUAUUCCUAAAACACUAACGCUUAAUGGUGUUUCCAGUUCUAAUGAACAAGAUGCAGCUGACAUGUUCACCUCAUACUUUAAAUCUGUAUACUCAUGUGAAGUCUUUAAUGAUAAUGUGAAUGAUCUCAAUAUUCAAUCUUUUGACCUACCUAAUAAUGCAUACUUCACUGUUGAUGACGUUUUUCAUAGUCUUUCUACGUUGUCUGGUGCUAAAAAUGUAGGUCCUGAUGGUCUCUCCUGCGUUUUUCUAUUUCAGUUUCUUUCUAUUAUAGCCUAUCCUUUAUUUUUGCUGUUCAGACGUUCUCUUGAUGAGGCAUGGGUUUCGUCCAGGAAGAUCAACUACUACAUGCAACUUAGUUUUUCCAAUUUUGUAUUUGAGUCUUUUAAAAAACGGUCUCAAGUUGAUGUAGUUUAUACUGACUUAGCCAAAGCGUUUGACACUGUUAAUCAUAAAGUCUUACUGAGAAUUCUUGAAGCGUUUGGUUUUGGUGAACCUCUGCUCUCUUGGUUUGGUUCUUUUUUAACGAACAGACAUCAAUGGGUAAAAUUAUUUGGUGUCAAGUCAAACAUCUAUUCGUCUACGUCUGGUGUUCCCCAGGGUGGACAUUUAUCACCGAUUCUAUUUUUACUGUUUAUCAAUAGUGUACAUAACGCCUUGCCUUUUUGUCAGCUUUUGUGUUUCGCAGAUGAUAUGAAGCUCUUUAUGGAAAUCAACUCAGCUGCUGAUUGUGUGAAUCUCCAAAGUAGCUUUGAUUGUUUUGUUAGUUGGUGUUUUAAUAUAGGCCUUAAAGUCAAUGCUUCAAAAUGCCGAGUCAUGACGUUUACUCGUUCCCGUUCUACUAUCCCUUUUGACUACAAUAUCUCUGGUUUGACAAUUGCACGCGUUGAUAAUCUAAUCGACCUGGGUUUUAAACUAGCUAGAAACCUUAGCCCAAGUCCUCAUAUUGCGAUGAUUACUAGUAGAGCAUUUAAAGUUUUAGGGUUCAUUAUGCGUCUAUCUAAAGACUUUAAAUUGUCAAAAUCAUUAAAAUCACUAUAUUGUGCUUUAGUUCGUCCUAUUUUAGAGUACGGGUCGGUUAUUUGGGAUCCGUACACUGCUCUGAUAUUAAUCAACUCGAACGUGUUCAACAUAGAUUUUUGA